AUGCCCGCACGCCGCUGGACAAACGACGCAGAACUGGACUUCUUGCAGUCCAAACUCGAGUCCUUCCGAUCGUUUCAGCUCUCGCACACCCUCCAUCGAUUCUGGCCAGAUGUCAAUCGCGAAUGGUUCCUAAAGUUCCCAGAGAAACCGAGGGUCCUUCCCGAUGUCGACUCCGAAGAGUUAUCAGAAGAACAGAACACGCGCUUGCAGCAGGCCAUCAAGGAGCGUAAGAAGAAAAUCUACAACUGGUUCAAUAACCAGAAUUGUCAGCAGACUCGUAAGGCGAAGGCAGCACACGUGAACCUGAACCUGUUCAAGCCGAAAAACCGACGCAACUUGAAGGAUACCGAGGUCUAUUCUCGCAAGUACUACGAGGAGCGUAUCAAGCCGCGGGUGCAGGAGGAGUUGUCGGGGCGUGUCGUUCCGAAAGAUGAGCGGCUUGAGGUCAUUAAGCGGGUCACGAAGGAGGUGUACGAUGGAGAGGAUGAGGAGCUGAAGGAAGAGAUUCGCGAGGAGAUCAAUGCUCUUCGGGCGAUGACAGGGACCCAGGGGAAGCGAGGCGCGUCCGAAGGCGCCUCGCCGGCUGACAUAGCCACAGAGGUCACCGACGAGCAGGCCAUUAACGCUGUGUUCUGUCAAGCCGUGCUCGACGACAUGCCUGCAAUCUUCCGGCAGAUUCUGCAGGAGCUGCAACGCCGGACCGGCUGGUAUUUCUUGAUCUUGGCUGCUGGUGAGAUGCCCGGUUCCGAUGGUGAAGUUGAGAGCAUGGCUGUUCAUCAAGAAGGGGAUGACCCCGAGCACCACAUUGGCAGAUUGAACAGUUUCGUUGGACAAUUCCUCAAGCCCUUCAUAGAGUAUGUCAAAGAAGAGAUAGUCCCCGCAACGCCUGCAACGAGCAGCACCCAGUCGGAGCAUGUUCAAAGCUCGGAGCAGUUGCCACCCGCAAACGCCACACCCGUCAGUGCACUGUCGAGCCGAGAGGAACAGCCCGCUGCUACGUCGCCCGCAUCCACUGGUCUGUCAAGCCGAGAGGAGCAGACAGCUCUUACAGCACCUGCUACCGCUGCCAUCUGCCUUCCUAAUUGGGAAGUAAUCUAUUCUUACACCUGA